GAGUGUCACGGCAGUUAUUGACAAGCAACUGCGUCGUUUUAUGAUUACCGUCUUGUCCGCACUGUCCAAGUCCCAAUUCACGUUUCCGUGUCCGUUCCAGUCCAUCGAAGCCCCAGCUCCACGCGCCGAGUUGGAGCUGGAGUCGGAUCGCAUAUUCUCGCUCGCUACGCCGGCUGCUUGCUUCCAUGGAGCAGGUUCGCACGGCAAGACGUUCAGCUAGCCAUGGUUCUCUCAAUCGAAGUUACGCGGUCGAUGUUUGCUAUCGACCCCGAGUUGGCCCCUCGCGUACCUUCUCGCGGCCCCUACGCAGCGUGAACGAAAAUGCGUCUCUCCUGGCGUCACCAGGGCCACUCGAGAGCAUGCUCAAGACUACCACCGAGACGGGAGAUAUUGGCUUGUUCUCCAUCAAGCCGGUCCGUCCACCCGCCACUUUCCACGGCCCCCAUCGCGCCCGGCCCAUCUGGAGCGACACAAGCCUUGGUGGAGCAACUGUCAGUGACGGUUUCGACACCUUUAGCCUCAGGGAUGACAGGAGGAGACUCCCAUCCUACCGAGACACUGCCUCGGAAAUCAUAUCCAUGUAUGCUUCCGAUAGCCAGAGGUCCGUCUCGAGUUCUCUUUCGCCGCCUUUCGAUGAGCUGGGCCAACGCUCCUACUCCAUGACAACUUGCAGCUCGAGGCUGCUUCCGCACCAAAAGUCUUCCGGGACCAUGGAAAGCCAGUCAAGCGGAGGCUUGUUGCAGCGACCUCGCUCACCUUUCCCCUACCCCACCAGGCUUAAGCGCCCAGGCGUGCGGCCUUCCUCGCCAGCCGUCACCGAGAAUGGAGGCGUUGAUUAUAGCAGGAUGGUAGAGAUUGACCGGAUAUCCCGUCGGACAGUUCAUGGAUCAUAUAAACCCACAUAUCCACAGCGCGGACGCCGGCCGGCACCAGGGUUAGCACGUCUCGGACACAACAGAUCCGGCUUGUCGUCUUCCAACUGCGAUGCCGUGUAUGGAUCUCAGUACCCUCACAGUUUUCCGGCGAGUGCCCCUGCAGCAUGGGGUGGUAGGUUUCGCAGCCGGCUUGACAGUGGCACAUCGGAGCAUAGUCUAAGGACCGCUAGUCUGACAUCCAUUGUCGACAUGUAUCAACCUACGUCUUGUGCCCCCCGAGCACCUAGAAAUUAUCCCCGGCCUCAACCAAGCGGCAGUUUUUACUAUGACUACUCUGAGGACUUUGACAGUAUUUCCGAGAGCCCUCCGGUUCUGGUCGGCCCUUUAGCCCCUGUCCCAACUCGGGCUGCGAGUAUGCGUCGACCAAGGGUCUUGGAAGAUGGCUGCGAUGUACGGUUUCACGGCCCGACUGCCCACCGUUUUCCAGUUCUCCAUGAAAUAUCUACCACUGGAGAGCAAUGCUGUCAUCUCCCGAACUCAGAGGAUAAAGGUGAUUUGGAGGAACUGUUCUGUGGCUCUUGUUCACGUUACGACGGGCCCGGACAACCAUUUUUGGGAUCUACCACUCAACUAGGAAGCUUAGAACUGCCAGACUACGAGGCCAACGAGGCAGUGGUCAUUGCACAGCAUCCAUCACUACAACAAGACAGGGCUCCGGAAUCAUGCGCUGGCGGCCGGGUUGGUAGUGAUUCCCCAACCACCUCAACAGAUGAGAAGGCGGGAGCUGAUAGUUCCUCUUGCCACGAGGUGGAGACCAAGGUUUUAGGGAAAACAGUUGUUCGUAUUGAACAGACUGUUGUCCUCAGGGGCGAAGAAACUGAGGCUUCAACUCCGACUGAUUCUCCGAAUCUGGUCGAUUACGAGACCUACAGAAACAAUGCCCGAAAAUUAGCAGCAUCAUCUCCCGGGGUGUCUUCGCAAACUGUCGAUAUCUAUCGGUCCUUACCGCUUUCAUGGGCAAAAAAGGAGUCCGUCUCGUCAACUUCCAGUGGCCAUCGGCGCCGGAGCAAGUAUUACUCAAUCGAGCCCGGUCUGUCUGAUCUUGCUUCUCUUGUUCAGCACCUCGAAAGAGCUGCAAACACGACCUCUCAGGAUGACUCUGCCACGCCACACUCGCCGGUGAAUUCCCCAAUGCAAGCAUCGCCGGACGCCUCCAGCGACGAUCCAGCCCGAGAAGAAAGCUUCCAAGGCCCACAGAUCAAAGACGGCACUGAAGACAAUGAUGACAAUUUAGCUCCGGCCAUGAGCCGACCGCAGACGCCUAUUCUAGCGCCCCAUCCCAUCUCACCAGUUAGAGAACUGCGGCUGCAGAAUAGUGUCCCUCAACUCAUGAAAGCAUUGCCCCCUUUGCCGGGCAGCUCGACCAGGAGUGAAUCUUAUAUUCUCAGAAUGCCAUUUGAUAGGCUUGACCUUCCAGCUCGAUUUUCGCCGUUGGACUUGUCGAAGAUCUGGACGCCACAGUCCAUGCUAACCGAGCCUUCGGUAACGAAUAGAGCCAGAGACGACCGAAAUCGUGUAUAUCGAAAACCGGACGUCAAUGAGGGCGAUGUAAAAGCGGAUUCAGAGAGUAACACGGAGAAGCGGAUACCAACCCCCGGAGCACCCUCUCCCACCGCUUCCAACUCUUCGUCUGGCCAAGAUACCAGCCAGCCUGAUCGAGACGAGGCCAGUUCCCAAACAGCAAUAAGCGAUGGCGGCGAAGACCACAAAGCCACCAAGCCUAGGAACGGGAAGUUGAAAUUAAAAGUUUCAAGAGGCGCUCUGGCAAAGAGCCAAAUGGAGGCGGGCGGCAUCAGAAGAACAACAAUCCCAGAGCAGAUCGGAGGCUGGCGAGAAGCAUCCGCGGGGCCCCGGCGACUAGUUACUCGGGGUGACUGCAGCACAUCUUCUAUGAUUAAGUUGAGCGAAAAUGUAUCUAUAUGUCACAUGGAAGAUUUCGAAACGUGCGAGCAUGAGAAUGCGUUCAUCGGCAGCUCCGCUCCGUCCCCUCCGGCGGCAGCGCUAUCUUUUUGUGAGACAGGGGGUCAUCUCGACGACUAUAUAGUCGCUGCACAAGAGUCUGUUGUCCUUGUUAAUCAGGUCUCCCCGGUUGAAGUACGGAGUUCUUUUUCAGAUGAGAGCGCAGCAAGCGGGAGACCCCCCAGAGGACUGCGAAAACGCCUCUCUGACCUGCGGGUUCGCCUCGCCGAAUCCCGUCUGCGGAUUGCAGAAGAGCCGAUGCCCGAGACUGUGACGAGCAAAGAGAUGGAACAUGUUGGCAUCGGCUUUGCUGUCCUACCGACUGCCAGUCUUGUGGAUGGCAACAAAAUUCAACUGCCUUCCAGGAUCCCUGCUCGACUGGACGACGGUCUGCCCCUCCACCAUCGAGGCUUCAGGGGCCGCAUGUCCAAGUGGAUGAAAACGGCCAGACAAGCUAUUAUGGCUGCUUGUACUGGCUUAAGAAAGCGCGGGUGAGUGUCAAGAGUCUUUGGCACUGGGAUGUGGAAUCCUGGCGUCGGCUUGCAUAAUGCUAUGUUGGCUAUGCGAGCCUCGUGUCUUGC